AUGAGAUGUUUCGAUUGGGCGAAAAUCUACGUGAAGGCUGGAGAUGGCAGAAACGGUGUUGUUGCCUUUCGGCACGAGAAGUAUGUGCCGUUGGGUGGGCCGUCAGGUGGAGAUGGAGGGAGAGGAGGGAAUGUUUAUGUGGAGGUUGAUGGGCUGGGAGAGGGUAUCAUGGGCAGGGGAAAGACCAAGCUGGCGCAUGUGAAAGCCCGUGAUUUGGAUGCUGCACGGCUCCUUUUCAAUCAAAUGCCGAAGCGAGGUGUGGUUUCCUGGACUGCGAUGAUCUCUGGUUAUACCCAAUCGAAGCGGUCUAUGGAGGCCCUAGAAUUGUUUGGACAAAUGAGGGAAUCUGGGGUGAGACCAGACGAGGUCACCAUGGUGAGCGUCAUCUCAUCCUGCACUCACUUGGGAGACUUGGAAGCAGGGAUUGGCAUUCACCGUUACACCGACGAGAAUGAUUUCGGAUGGAUGGUUUCACUCUGCAAUGCGCUAAUUGACAUGUAUGCCAAAUGUGGAUGCAUGGAAGGUGCACUACACAUUUUUAACAAGAUGGAGAGGAAGAGCUUGAUCACUUGGCACUCAAUGAUCCAACCGAAGAGGAUGCUUUAG